CGUCGGUUUCCAAAUUCCAACCAUUUCUCAGUCAUUUCUGGCGUUUCAGUUUCAUUCAUAUUUUCUCAGUUCAUUGCUUUUCAUCAGAUACGGAUUCAUGAAAAAAGAAAGACUAUAAUUAUAACGUGACCAUUACAGGCUACAGCUUUAAACCAAUUGAUUGGAUGAGGGAUCUCUUCGAAGGGGGCUAAUUUGUAUAAUAUGAAGUGCUUAUUUCCUCUCUAGACUUUUAAGAACUUACUGAAACUUAAAUAACUUAAAUGUUAAGAAAUCCAAGAAAUCAAGAAAUUAGCCCAUAAUCACGCACAGCACCGAAAUUUCCGUCAGUCAGACCACCACUUUGUAAUUGGCAAGUUAGAACCACCACAGAAGUGAGAGAAUGGACUAAUGGAGUGGGUAUAGGUGGCAUUUGGUGCUGGAAAUUCUACUGAUUUAGGACAGCUCGAGUCAAAACAUAGAUGUAACUUUUAUAACAAUUUCCAGCAGAAUUCCGCAAAGACCGCAAACAAUGAAAUAGAACAAAAAAUGAGAACAUAAUAAAAGUAAAGAUAUUUCUCUUCAUGAGAACUUCAUGUAAGUCUAAUCUAAAAAUACUGAAUACAGACAUUCCUCACAUUCGUUGCAGUGAUAGCAGCGUGCAUUACAUUUGCGAAAUGGAAUAUACAGAUGAAAAUAUUGAUGUGAAGCAAUAUGAGACAUGCUAUAGAACAUGUUACAGUUAUGAUGAAGUCAUGCUGAAGCAUUGCAAUAUAUUUGAGGAACAUCCCGAGAAACCAGAACGCAUCGCAAGAACAUACGAACGUUUUGAAGAAUUAAACUUAAGUACGAGGUGUUCAAGAGUUAAGUCUCGUAUGGCCACAGAUAAAGAAUUGUUAACAGUCCACAGCGAAGAGUACAUUGAAAAAAUAAGUAAGUUAGAUCAUUGUGCUGAUGAAGAGCUAAAGUCAAAAGCAGAGGAAUACGACUCCAUUUAUUUCAGCAACUAUGCCAAUGAAUGUGCUAGAAUGGCAGUUGGUUGUACAUUGGCAGUCCUUGAUAAUGUCUUGGCAGAGAAGUUCAGAAAUGGUGUCGCAAUAAUUAGGCCACCUGGUCACCAUGCAGAACAUGAGUUUAGUAUGGGAUAUUGUUACUUCAAUAAUGUCGCUAUUGCAGCCAAAAUUGCACAGAAAAAGUGGAACAUUAAACGGGUAUUGAUUGUGGACUGGGAUAUCCAUCAUGGUAACGGAAUACAGCAUGCGUUUCAAUCUGAUCCAAGUGUGCUGUACUUCUCUAUUCAUCGAUAUGACCAUGGACGAUACUGGCCCGAGAAAGAGUACUCAAAUUUUGAUUUUGUCGGAAAGGAUGAAGGAAAAGGUUUCAAUGUUAACGUGGCCUGGAAUAAGACGCACAUGAACGAUGCGGAUUAUAUUGCUGUUUUUCAACGGAUUUUACUUCCCGUUGCCUACGAGUUUUGUCCAGAGUUGGUUCUGAUUUCUGGAGGGUUUGAUUCUGCAAGAGGAGAUCCAAAGGGUCUUUGCGACGUUACCCCUGAGGGAUUUGCACACUUAACUCACAUGUUGAUGAGUCUUGCAGGUGGAAAAGUAGUUCUUGCUCUUGAGGGUGGAUACAACUUAACUUCUGUGGCCGAGUCUUUUUGUUCAUGUGCAUCUACGCUAUUAGGAGAUCCAUGUCCUUUACUGGAACCUUUAUCAGUUUCCGACAGUGCACUUGAUUCUAUCAGCUCUACUGUUGGUGUACACUCGCAGUACUGGAGAAAUCUCAAGCAACACGACGCAGAAAGUUAAUUAUUCAUAAAGGCAGCGUAAAUCAAUAACUGUAUUACAAAUAGGUGGUAAUGGUGUGUACUGGGUAGGUGUGGGUAAUUGGGUAGUUAGGUAACACAUUUAUUCAAACUUCAGUUCAAAAUAUAAUCGUUAUAACAUUAUGUAUAUUCGUA